AUGUCUUGGUUUUUUGAUCCCGGAGUUGGAAAUGAUCUUCAGCCAAGCUUUUACGUGAAUCUUACCCAUACUUUUAACAAUGGGUUAAUGGCAGUCGAGACUGUUAUUCUUUAUGGUUAUCUUGCAUACUUUACUCUCAAAAAAUCUGGAGCAAGUGGAGAUCAAAAAUUGUCAAAAUAUCAAAUUAAUAUCUUGCUACAAGCAUUCUUUUUCUGUAUUUUCCAUUUCAUAGGGUCUAUUCUAUACGUUUACAUGCAGUUUGUGUCGGCUCCAGAGUAUUUGAUUAUCAUAAGUCAACUCGGUUGGCAGUUUGGAACUGGUUCCGUGUGCGUUGUCUACUUGACUUUGAAUCGUUCCAUACGGAAGUCUGUCUCGAAACAUUUAUGUCCCAAAUGCCUGAAGAAAACGAAUCAAGUCUCGGUUAUUGCAUCUUUGGAUAGCAGAGCUUAUGAGUUAUCUCAUGUUCAGAUUAACUGA